AUGGCAGCCAAUGGUCAACAAUUUGGUGAGAGACAGGACUAUGAUCCUAGAAAAGUCAAUGAGGUUCAGCAAGCCAAAACAUGUGGAAUCCGCUAUGCUUCGAGCCAUCAUACUGAUAUGUGUCCCACACUACAAGAUGAUCCAAAUGAAUAUGUGAAUGCAGUUGGCAGAUUUCCUGGUCCACCUCAAAUGCGCUAUGAUCCUUAUUCAAACACCUACAAUCCAAGGUGGAAGGAUCAUCCAAAUUUCAGUUAUGCUCCAAGGCCACCGGGAUUUCACCAACAGCAAUAUCAGCCUAGGCUCGCAAAUUCACAACAGCAACCGGUUUCAAAAUCAGGUACAUCACUUGAAGAAAUUGUUAAAUCAUUAGCUACUAAUGCACAACAAUUUCAACAGGAGAUGAGAACUAGUAUUCAAAAUCUGGAGAAUCAAUUGGGCCAACUAGCAGCUGCAUUUAAUCGAUGGGAGUCUCAAGAUUUAGGAAAAUUGCCUUCACAGACUAUUAUUAACCCCAAGCAAAAUGUGACUGCAAUUACAUUGAAAAAUGACAAAGAGUUGCCACAACCCAGUCAGAGAAUUUCUGAGCAGGCCAUUGAGGAGGCUAUUGAGAAAAAAGAAGUGGCACCCAAACCUAAAGAUGUGCCGCAGCAAAAAUUCAGAGAUGAAUCGUCAGUAGUGGUGACACCUCCUCCUCCAUUUCCCAGUCGAUUUGCAAAAUCCAAGAAGCAAGAGCAAGAAGUUUUUGACAUUUUUCGCAAAGGUGAGAAAUUGCCUCCUAAAUAUAAGGAUCCAGGUAUAUUUACUGUUCCUUGCAAAAUAGGGAAUGUUAAGGUCGAAAAAGUAUUGGUAGAUUUAGGAGCUGCAAUAAAUAUCAUGCCUCGUUCCAUUUAUAAUUCUCUGAAUCUUGGACCCUUAGAAGAAACGAGUGUCAUUAUGCAACUUGCUGAUAGGUCUAAUGCAUAUCCUGAUGGGGUGUUAGAGGAUAUUCUAGUUCAAGUUGAUAAAUUGGUUUUUCCUGCAGAUUUCUAUGUGUUGGAUAGGGAUGAUGAUUUUUCUGUUUCACCCCCAAUUUUGUUAGGCAGGCCAUUUUUAAUAACAUCUAAAACAAAAAUUGAUGUUUAUUCAGGAACCUUGACAAUGGAAUUUGAUGGUGAAAUAAUAAAAUUCAAUAUUUGUGAUCCCAUUAAAUGUUCCAGUGAGGCACAUUCUGUUUUUGUUAUAGAUGUAAUUGACCCUUUCAUACAGCAAAAGUUUGAAUUAAAUGGUAGAGAUACUUUGAAGGUUGUAAUCAAUCGCAAUUUGGAUUCGCCAGAAAUGUCAAGAGGUGCAAAGAAGUUUGAGUUACACCCUGAUUGA